UUCGAAACACUAUUUGAACGAUUCGAAGCAGUUACGAAUUCGAAAAUAAUUUUGAUUCGUUGAAAAUUUUCCAUAAUGCGUGGUAAUUUAUUUAUUUUAUCCCUAAUAUCGACCGUUUUUCGAAUUAUGGCUGAUGAAUCUAUUAUUGAAACAAGUAAUUAUCAGUUAAGAAACGUGAAAACCAUUAAAUACAGACCAACUUCUGGUGGUAUGUUGGUAAAGGUACAGAGGAGAAAUUACAGAUUUCGACUUCAAAAAGACAAAUCCAAGUUUCUUGGAACAGCUAAAGUAUUUAUCUACGUAGACGAUAAAAUUGAAACAUGUACUCUUUCUGACAUACCGGGAACGUCUAUAUACCAAGGAGACUUGGAAGGAAAAAGCGAAACAUUAAUUAUUGGUUAUUUUUAUGAAAAUCAAUUUAUAGGAAUUUUUCAGCAUGCUUCUAACACGUAUUACUUGGAGCCAAGAAAAGAAUAUUCCCUUGACGAGAAUGAUAAGCGUGAAAUUAUGUAUAACGUCCAAGACAUAGAGUUAAGACCAUCUUACCCGGAUGGGAGAUUAAUGUGUGAAGCAAGAAAAAAUGUAGGACAUCUUAAAAUGAAAUCUUUCCGAGAAGAUUAUCAUGUCGAUACUACAAUACAGAAUUAUAAUUUGUUCAAUAACAACUUACGAAUGAAACAAACAAAAAUAUGCUCGUUACAACUUGUGGCAGAUCAUACAUAUACCGAAUAUAUGGACUUUAAUCGUGCCAAAAUCAUAACAGAAAUGCUUUUAUAUAUUAAGAUUGCCGAUUACAUAUUCCGAAAUACUGAUUUCGACGAAGACGGUGACAAAGAAGAUAUCGCAUUCAAUGUUCAGAAAAUUACCAUAUUCGAAACCAAAAAUGAUCCGGGUAAUAUUUUCGGAAUCCAAACCAAUGAUUACAAAGCAUUUCUACAAAGCUUAACGAAGUAUCACCAUCCAUAUUGCAUGCUAAUCUGCUUCACUCACAGAGAUUUUUGGACAGCAAUUCAAUGUGCAGUUUCCAAAGUCAAUAAGAUCGGAGGAAUCUGCCCUGGAUCGAAACCGCUAGGAAAGAAUAAUAACGUUGGCUUCGUUACCAAUAUAGAAAACAAAGAAAUUAUUCCUCGAUUUAGAAUACCGUUAAGUUUAGUACACCAACUGGGACAUGCAUUUGGUUGCCGAGACGAUCCUGAAGAUAAUCAAUUUUGUAGUCCUGGUGAUUUAAAUCCCAGACACGGAAAUUACAUCAUGCAUCCGAAUAUAUCGUAUGGUGUUUUCAGGAAUAAUUGGCUAUUUUCAACCUGCUGCAAAACCACUAUAAAAAACUUCGUAAAGCAAUCAAGAAUAAAAACGUGUCUGUUGAGAAGAGAGUUAUCGAAUUGCGGAAAUGGAAUCGUAGAAGAAGGAGAAUCUUGCGAUUGUGAUUCUUCAACAGAAAAUUGCACAGCUGUUCACAAAUGUUGCAGAAUUAAUGAAUAUCCGUCUCAGUGUACACUGAGAAAUGGCAUGUUUUGUUCACCUAGCAAAGGACAAUGCUGUGACGAAAAUUGCGAUAUUAUAGAAUAUAGCAAAAGGCAACCAUGUUUCAGUAACAUAGAAUGCUUUAAUGUUACUACGUUUUGCGAUGGAAUUUCUUCAUUUUGUUCCGGUUUAAUGCAACCAGACGGAACGCCUUGCAGACAAAAUUCUCGAACCUGUCACAAGGGACAGUGCAAAAGCAACGUCUGUCUCGAUCACGGUAUGAAACCUUGCCAAUGUAAGACUCGUCAUUCGGAAUGUCAUAUUUGUUGUAUGAAUGAAACGAAUACAUGUCGAAGCGCAAAAGAGUUACAACUUUUUCCAUCUAAACACGAAGUUUAUGUAAAAAUUCCAGGAACUUCUUGUGAUAAUGGAUACGGAAUGUGUUUCAGAAAUGGAUCUUGUAUAAGUAAAACUAUAUGGAAGAUGUAUAGCUUUUGGAAUUACUUUACACCUCUACCGUUCUUACUAAUUAUUGUUAUUGGCAUAAGUUGUUUCCAAAGUCAUCAACACGAAAGACCGAGUAUAGAGAUAUUAAUGAAAAAGUAUCCUUUAAGAAAGAAGGAAGGAAAACCUGAAAUGAAACGGAAAGUAAGGAAACCUAAACGGAAAAUUACGAAAAAGCAUCGUUUAAGAGAGAAGCAAGAAAAUCCCGAAAUGAAACUAAAAGUAAAAAAGAAACCCAAAAGGAAAAUAAAUAAGAUAAAGAAUAAUGUCUUAAAACCUAAAGAAUGAUGUCCAUUUCUUGAACUUUACAACAUUUGAGUAAUAUACGACAGCAUAAAGAGGUAUUGAACACUUGAAUUAAAUACCCUUUCACUUUUAUAUGUAAUUGUAUUCUAUAAUGUUUGAGUGAUAAAAAUAAUAAAAGAAACUUGAA